GCUUCUUCAGAGCGGAAAGAGACGCUGGUUCAAAUACCAGAGAGUCAUGAAAAAGGUGAGAGGGCAAAGCAGCCUCUAACGGCAAUAGCAGCAAAAAAGGAGUUAUUUACCAAAUGCAAACAAACUAUGGAGACAGAUCCCAAGGAAGACUGUCAAAAAGUCGCUAUAAAUGCCCCAACGCACCAGGUUGAUUUAAUCAUUCUUGCCUUUCGAAUGCCAAAUGGACAGCGCAUCGAACUUGCUUGUAGACGCGAAGAGACAUUAUCCAGUGUUCUUAGACGUUUGUUCAGCAUGGAUUCAUCAGUAUCUACAUCGCAAAUGAUAGGGCCAACUAGCAUCGUAUCAAGUAUGGAAAGUGAUGAUAGGAACAGUAGUGUCACUGAUACAAAUAGUGUUGCAUAUUCCGCAAUCAUUAACAAAAAUGGGGAGGGCCCAGAGGCGGAUACAGUCCUGCUUCAACAAUAUAUCUGUCUUGUUAGUGCGUCCAGUCUAUCUUGCCCCAAGGCACCAGAUACAUCAACAAGAGAUUCUAAAUCAAAGGGAUCAGAAUUACAAGGUACUACAGCCUAUGGCCUGGUAGCAAUAAAUGAUGUAGAACUUAGUUUGGCUGAAUUAUGUAUUCAGGACAGGUCACUUCUUCUCUUAAAAACGAAAGAAGCUGACUAA